UGAGAGAUCGUUGAUUUUGCAGUUACUUUCUAGUACUUUCGUAGUGAAAUAUUAGGAUCAUUAGUGAGAUAAUCAACAAAAAUUUGAUCGCAGCGUGAAGAGCGUUAUGCGAUCGCUCAUCGUAAGCCGACGCUGAUGUCUGAAUCACAAACCAAGGGCCAGGAGGCCAUGUUAGAUCGAAUGUUUUUCUAUCCGGACAGCAGUAGCGACACCGAAGAAUACAGAACGGCCGAGGAGGAGCGCCGUAAACGCCUAUCGAAACGUAACGGACCAAACAUAAGACGGAUUCCGACGGCUAUGCCGCCUAAAAACCUGUCGUCCAACGGGCCCAUGCCCUCCACAUCGACCCAGGAUCCCCCGAAGAACGGGCAGAAGAACCAGGUGUGCGAGGACCGGAUAACGCUGGUGGUGGACAACACGCGGUUCGUGGUGGACCCCGCGCACUUCACCGCCCACCCUAAUACCAUGCUCGGCAGGAUGUUCAGUUCCGGCAUAGAAUUUACACACACCAAUGAGAGGGGAGAAUAUGAAGUGGCAGAGGGUAUAUCUGCUACAGUGUUCAGAGCAAUUCUGGAGUACUACAGGGGAGGCACCAUCCGAUGCCCGCCUACUGUCUCCGUGCAGGAGCUCAGAGAGGCCUGCGACUACCUGCUCGUUCCAUUUGAUGCCAACACUGUCAGAUGCCAGAAUCUCCGGGGGCUCCUCCACGAGCUGUCCAACGAGGGAGCCCGACGUCAGUUCGAGAGUUUCCUGGAGCGGUUGAUCCUGCCGCUGAUGGUGGAGAGCGCGCAGCGCGGCGACCGCGAGUGCCACGUGGUGGUGCUGCUGGACGACGACUCCGUGGAGUGGGACGAGGAGUACCCGCCGCAGAUGGGCGACGAGUACAGCCAGACGGUGCUCUCCACGCCGCUCUAUAGAUUCUUCAAGUACAUCGAGAAUAGGGAUGUCGCAAAACAAGUGAUGAAGGAGCGAGGCCUAAAGAAGAUACGUCUGGGCGUGGAGGGGUACCCCACGUACAAGGAGAAGGUGCGCAAGAGGCCGGGGGGGCGAGCGGAGGUGAUAUACAAUUACGUCCAGCGACCCUUUAUACACAUGUCCUGGGAGAAGGAGGAGGCCAAGAGCAGGCACGUGGACUUCCAGUGCUUCAAGUCCAAGUCCGUCACGAACCUGGCGGAGGCGACCGCGGACCCCGUCAUCGAGCUGGAGCCCAACAGAGCACGCGAGGAGCCCGAGCUGCCUGACCCCGCCGACCUGCCGGACGAGGACCAGUGACCGCCCCGCACCCCAAGGCUCAGAGCGCUUCUCUGCUGGUACGCGUGUUGAAGGGACUCACUAAGUCCGCUGGGGGCGGGAAGACAGUCUGCUGCCGCAUUAUAUUAUUCUUAUGAGCACACCUCUAUAUUUAACAGACUAUUGUAUUUACCCUAUCCAAAGCGAAUCUUUUACGGUACAUAGCUAGUUCCGAUUGUAACACUGUCUUCACUGGAUAGCUUCGUCGGCUCGCAUGUGAUUAGGCGGUUAAAUUGUUAUUAUGUAGUGUAACGCGGGUGUCGCAGCUAUCGAUAAUAAUUGUUUAACGAAGUCCUAAG